AAUAUGUAACUAUGAUACGAUUAUUGAUUCACCUGGUUACCGUUAUUGGUGAUCUUCGUUUUUUGGCAUUGCCUCGUAACCGCGACAAACAGUAGACAAUUAUUUAAUUAUUAUUAUAUCAUUAAUAAUUGUGUACAAACGAUAAAACACCUUUCGAAUUAUACAUAUUGACGUACCAUGACAUUGACUGAAAUAAUGGGAAAUGACGUUCUGCAGGAGAACACGAUCGUCUGUUCUCGGUCCUCUAAGUACACGGUGCACAACAUAAUCGGCACCGGUAACUUUUCGCGCGUCUACAGUGCGACGAUGCUGGGCACGGGUAACGAGGUGGUGAUCAAAGUGUUGAACGAUACGUGUUCCAGUAAAAGGUUUGACCGGAAACUGUAUUUCAAGGAGUUGGACUUGUUGAACCGACUCAAGACUAGUCGACUUCGGGCUCGGUACGUUCAAGUGAGAGACGCAUUCCUGCUAAAAUCAGGAAAGUUAUGUUUCGUCAUGGAGAGGUUGGGCAGCACCCUGCAUUCCGUGUUGCAUAACAUCGGUCCACUGCCAAUGGCCAUGUGCCGACCGAUCGUCAGACAGAUCGCACAAGGCUUGGCGGGUUUGAAGUGUUUGGGAAUCGUGCACGCCGACCUCAAGCCCGACAAUAUAAUGUUCUGCGCUGGGACAGCACACAAUCUGAUGGUGAAAAUCAUAGAUUUCGGUUGUGCGUUCGACAUAAAGAAAGUGGAAACCAUGCACCAUAAACAGAUCCAAGCGAUCCCUUACCGCGCGCCAGAAGUGUGCUUCCGAAGUAAUCUGGACCACGGUUUGGAUAUAUGGGCGCUGGGAUGUAUCAUGCCGGAAAUUGUUACCGGCGUCAAGCUGUUCGGCGUGGCCGAAGAGGAGCUGUUGAUCAAAAUGAUUUUACGCACGCGGCCCGUGCCCAAGUCCUUGAUAUCAAAUUUACCAAUAGAUAGCCAGGAAACAAAUCUAACCAGCGGUUGGAUAGAGUUUCAGAAUUUGUACGCUGACUUGAUUGGUCAACGUGACCAGCAAUGGUGUGAUGAUAUCGUGUGGUUUAUGGACUUGGUGUACAAAAUGCUAAUUGUUAUGCCGGAAACGCGUAUAACAGCAGUUGACGCACUUGCACAUCCGUUUCUGACAAUUGUGCAUUUCAUCGAUUACCCGAACACAGUGAUGACCAAGAAAAACGCUGAAUUAAUGGCAACAUGUGCGUUGGACAUCUAA